CGGAGGUGCUCGACCCCGCUCGACAUCCGGUGCAGUGACAUGAACGGUGUUUGAAAAAGAAAAAGAGAGACUCGUGUGCUCCAAUUUAAAUAUUCCCUUUUUCGGACAUUUUUUUUUUUUUUACUUACCCAGUCUCGAGGACGACUUGAUCGAUUUUAAUGUAACGUGGAGGUCGCCGGACGGGCCGAGAAAGGACUUGUAACGCAAUCUGAAACAAAUGUUCCUCACGAUGUCCAGGUAUCUCGGUCUGCUACUUCUUAUCACGGCCUUUACGUAUACGUACGGUGCCAAGAAGUGCCAGGGCAACGGUCUAGGUCUGAAAUACGCAUGGGGCGACGCAUUCACCGAUUCUAAUGAUUGUAUAGGACCGAAUAAUAUGCAGUAUCCUUCCGCCGCGAUAUCGAGGAACUUUAAGAAUCAGUGGCCGGGCAGUAGUCGAACCGCGCGAUCGCAUCAGCCACGGCCGAUUAAUCCCGAACUGACAAGACAAGUGCUUUUAAACAACUACAAAGCAGCCCAUGGGGAGUACUCCAUCGCCGCAAGCUCCCGGAACGGCCGUGCAUUUUCCGCGAAGGAAAGUUGCGGCUCGCCAGCCAGACUCUGCAAAACAAGGUACAAUACCACGGCGCCUAUGUACGGCAUUAGUCUGACUAGUGGACAACCGGUAACGAUCGUGCAGAAGUUCCCUGAUCUCCUACAACAAGUUGUCUUCGAAGUCUGCGAAUCAAAGGAAUGCGACGUGGUUCACGGCGAAUGCACGCAGACCUACGUACCGUACCUGUUUCUGGUGAUUCCUCUCGGUCCGGUAACCUUGACCGGUCAGGAUUACGUGCUGGUGGAAAGCGGUUGCGUUUGCAAGCCGAGAAAUUCGGCGAGUGCGUCUACCGACGCGCCGCCGCCAGCUGUUCCGAGCUUCUAAUCGUUCGUCAAAUCCGCAAGUCACAAAUAUCUCGAAUAGUUCUUUGUCGGAAUGAGAGGACUCGCGCUAUAAACACCGCGUUCUACCUGGACGUCUUGAUAUAAAGCGAUUUCGGGCGCUAGAGGCCUCGAAUGACUCGGCAAUCUCAUCGGUUAGAGCACUAUUUCUUGGGAGAAAUCUGACAAGUGUGUGACGGCAUGAAAUGAAUUUCGCCGAGUAAUAUAAUUAUUACUUAUUAUUAUUAUAAAAAAUAUCGUUUUAUAGCUCCAAAAUUUAGAAAUUUUA